AUUUAUUUUUUCUUCAUAACAUAAUUAAUAGAACAAUUAAAUUUAUUUGUUCUUACUACAGAUAAUUCUAUUAGAAUAGCAAGCAGUGACACAUAAUACACGAAACUUGACAGGAAAGGAUGAUAAAAUAUAUGAAAGCUCGAUAAGAUUAGGUUUCAACUCCAUUGAUAUAUAACGUACAAUGUACAGUCAGUCAGUCAGUACACAACUAUGUAUAUCAGUGUAUAAGUCAUAAUAUAAAACCUACAAAGUGUUUGCGCUGCAGUUAGUCACUCGACAGACAGCAUCGUGGUAGGAUCGCUGAUAAGCUGUGUUUACAACUUUAUAGCAACAAACACUGGAAUCAGUUUAAAAACAUUUCGAGUCGAGCUUUCUCCAAAUUUACGAUUACGUUCCACGAAAAAUUCUCAGGUAUUUCGGGACCUGCAGAAUCAAAAUAAAGUUAAAUAAAUUCGAAACGAAUAAACCAAUGAAUAAAUUUCAAUCAGUGUUCCCAAAAUUUACAUGACUAAAAUUCUUCAGUUCUUUUAAAUAAACGUCAUAAUGGAUUCAUGGACAGUGGCCCUAGCAUCGGUCGUCGUUGUGGUGACUUGGUUCUACUUUAAAAGGACCUAUAAUUUCUUCAAUGAUCGAGGAAUUCCGCAAACACCAGCCAGCAGAGGGCUUACAAACUUUCUGAAAACCUUUCUUCAACGAAUGUCUUUCAACGAGACAGUUUUGGAUGUCUACAACGUUCAACCUGACGCGAAGUAUGUCGGUUUCUACGAUGUGACGACACCUGUGAUCGCUAUUCGCGACAUCGAGCUGAUGAAGUCCAUCACAGUGAAGCACUUCGAGCACUUCCAAGACCAUCGUUCUUUCUUUAACGACGAUUCAGAUCCUCUGUUCAGCAAGAACCUCUUCGCCCUUCGUGGCGAUCGCUGGAGAGAAGUAAGGACCCUGCUGAGUCCUGCGUUCACGUCUAGCAAGAUGAAGGCAAUGUUCAAUCUGAUGAUAAAAUGCGCCAAUCGUUACGGGGACAUCCUGUGUACGUUGCCCGAGGGUGAGCGAACUUUAGAGCUCAAGGACGCUUUUACCAGGUACACGAACGACGUGAUCGCUACUUGCGCUUUCGGAGUAGAAGUGGACUCGAUGGCCGACAGGAACAACAAGUUCUAUGUGUAUGGCAGGGAGGCUACGAACUUUACUGGUGUGUUGCAGACUUUGAAAUUUUUUGCAGUACGACUUAGCCCUUUCCUAUCGAAGCUAUUAGAUAUAAAGUUGAUAAACAUCAAGAUCGUGAACUUUUUCAAAGAUAUGGUGGCUGACACCAUGAAAUACAGAGACGAGAAUAACAUUGUUCGACCAGACAUGAUUCAACUGAUGAUGGAAACUAGGGGAAAACUGGGCCCAGGGAAAGAGCUCACUAUCGACGACAUGACCGCCCAAGCGUUUGUCUUCUUCUUCGGCGGUUUCGAGAGCACCUCGACCUUGAUGUGCUUCGCUGCUUACGAGAUAGGGGUGAACCCCGACAUCCAGAAGAAAUUGCAAGAAGAGAUCGACGAAGUUUUGGAGAACUGCAAGGGUGAACCAACGUACGACGCGAUCAAUGACAUGAAAUAUCUCGAUGCUAUCAUUUACGAGGCGUUGAGGAUGUAUCCAGUCGUCGUCGCUGCUGACAGAGUCUGCACGAAAGCCUUCGAGCUGCCACCAGCUUUGCCAGGAUUGAAGCCAUACGUUAUCCAGGAAGGCGAAUAUAUUUGGAUACCGAUCUACGGGGUUCAUUACGAUCCCGAACACUUCGAGGAGCCGAACAAAUUCAAUCCUGAUCGGUUUCUCGACGAUCCAAAGAAGAUCGUCAACUCUGGGACGUUCUUGGGCUUUGGAAUUGGUCCGAGGAUGUGCAUUGGCAACAGAUUCGCGCUUCUAGAGACAAAGGUUUUACUUUUCAAUAUUUUCGCUCGUUGCAACUUGAAGCCUUGCUCUAAGACUCUUAUACCGAUGGAGUUGAGUAAGAAAGGGUUCCAGAUGACGUCUAAGAACGGAUUUUGGUUUGAUAUUGAACCGAGGAAGGACACUCAUCCUGUUCUUGUUAGCUGUGUGAGCAGCAUCGCCGGUUAGAAAUAGAUUAUUUAUAUUGUUCCAUUUAUACGUGAUAUAGGUACUUGAAUAGGUCGAUGUAGGGGCAUCUUUCUUUUUUUUAUUUUAAUUUUAUCAUACAAAUUUUAUUGAUAUUUUUUCAUAUCUUCUUGUUAUUCGUCUUCUUUGACCAAUCAUCAUUAGACUGCGGAUCUUAUGCAUUUAUGGCGUUUAAUAAUACGGAAAACAUAUAAAAAAAUAUAGGUACAUAAUGGAUGUAGAAUAUAUUUUAUUUAUUAAUGUAAUAAUUUUGUUUUGAAUAAGUACAUACACCUUCUGACUAUGUUUGCCAUAUAUUUGUUACGAUCGCUUUGGGUAUCAUAAAUGCAUAAGGGUCAUUCCACGCCAAAUCGAUGACUUGUUUUAGUCGAUGUCUUGGAUUUUGUUUCAAACGAAAUAUGUUGUAGUUAAAGUGAAAUUAUAGGCAAAAAUCGCAAUAUUCGAAGGCGUGUAUUUCUCAAACGGUUCCGAAACGAGCAAAAUGAUGACUUAAACCUCUCUUAAUUUUACUUCCACUACAAUAUAUUUCAUUUGAAACAAAAUCCGAGACAUCGAUCAAAACAAGUGAUCGAUUUGACGUGGAAUGAAAUCCCUCGGCUGACUCGACGGACUCAUAACAUCCACAAUUUAAUCAUCGUGUAAGACAUGGAUAAACGAAAUGCUACUAAGUUGCGAGUCUGUUUAUUCCAGUGAGUAAAUAAGCAGGAAACUUUUUAUACUGAGAUUCUGCGUAGUGGUGAUGUAACUAUUUGUGAAGUAAACAGUACCAUUGAUAUCGUUAUAUAUUGAUUCAGCAAUUAAUUUUAAGUCCUGGGACAUAUUCAGAGCAUAUUAAAUAGUAUUAUAAUUUGUGAUUGUAUGAUUUAUAUUUUGUAUAAAGUUCGAUGAGUUUAUUGCUACUUGUACGAGUGUAUCUGUACGAUAAACUGAUGUAUGUUGUUUUUAUAAAUAAUUUGAAUUUAAUAAGUAAUUGUGCUAAUCACAUGUAAUUAAUUAAGAAUUUCCUUUUGAGAUCGAUAAGCCACACUAAUUUUGUAUGCAAAUGAUAUUCUUUGGAGGCUGAAGUAAAGUAAGCGACACACAAUUUGAUGUUUAAUUCAUGUGGAUAUUCAUGUAUAUGUACUACUGGCACUGUGAAUAUAUAUAAUAACAAUUGUA